AUGACAUUCACUAGCGGGCUGAGACCGUUGGAGGGUUGGGAAGGCACACGCACGCGCGCACCGUCCUGGCCGCCGUUGGUCUCAGUUCACAGAUUCCUCAUCCCGGUGGUCGACUGGUAUUCACUCCCCCCUCCAAUUCCCGCAUCUCACUCGUUUUCUCAAGCCAAUUGGCGGUCGUCUGUCUCGAGACCACAACAGGUCGCAGUCGCUGCACAACGGGACGUGUUCGUCAGUGAUCCAUCUCAGUGA